AUGGGGAAAUCGAAAAAAGGAGAAGAAGUUGAUGCGAAAUGUUCUAUUGAGGAUGAUGUUCCUUUGACAACGACUUUAUUGAACUUAAGAAACAAAAAGAAGAAAGAGAAAGAAAUUACACCAACAAUUGAUGCGGAUUUGUUGGAAGAUAUCAACAAAGAAGUUUCAGAAACAGAAGAAGAAGAAGAGAGCGAACUUUCCAAACAAAGGAAAGCAUUGCAAGAACAACAGAAGAUGGUGCAAGCACUUCAGGAAAAGCUGCUACAACAGGAAAAGCAGCUGGAUCUGAUUGAACAAAAAAAGAAGGGUGGAGAAGGACAAAAAAAUUCCAGCAAAGAUCCUGAAAAGCAGGAAGAAACUGAAAAGAAAGAGCAUGAAGUAAAAGUGCAUGAAGAAGUGAAAGAACCUGAAAAAGAGGAGGCCGAGGUAAAAGUUCCAGAAGAGCUGGAUGAACCAGAAAGAAAAGAAAAGAAAACGAACUUAAAAAUUACUUUGAGAAAGAAAAAAGACGGAGAAGAAGCUGGUGAGGAACCUGAAAAAGCAAAGGGGAAGUCUAGGAAAUCAAUACCAAACAGGAAAAGGACAAGAAGUCAAUUGCUGAAAGAAGAAUUUCCCGAUCUUAUCAAAGAGGUAAAGCAGGAAUUGGAAGAGGCACAUAAGAAGAAGAGCUUGUUGCCUGCUGAGAAAAUUUCAACAAAAAAAGUUGCACCAAAUGCUAAGAAGGGGAAUGGAGUUACUUUGAAAAAGACUGCAGCACUUAAGAGGGGUAGCAGAGUUAAUCAGAUAGUUGUGAGGGAGGUUUAUGAAGACGAGGAAGAUGAAGAAGGAGGUGAAGAAGAAGGUGAAGAAGUAGAAGAGGAAAGUGAACCCUUAAUGAAGAAGGGGAAAAAAGUAGUUGAGAAGAGAGCAACAAGAAGUAAACAAAUUGUUGUUUCUGAUGAGGUCAUGGAGGUGGUGGAUGAUGAGAAACCAAAAUCUUUGGUUGUUGCCAAACCAAAACCUGAAGAAAGGAAACUAAAUCUAAGGCAAACUCCGCAAUUGAUGAUGCGAUUCUUGAGGGGAAUUGCAUCUAAUGAACCAGAUGAUAUAAGAAAACAACAAGCCAUCGUGGAGUUAGACUUUGGAUCUCUUCUGCAACUUGACAUCCCACAAAACGAAAAUCCAUUCCCGUACGAGUUGGUUAGGAAUUUCAACUCGUCUGACCGGUCCUUGCAUCUACCAAAUUCUUCCCUUGAUAUUACUGUAGAGGAUGUAUACCUGGUGUACGGUAUACCUAUUGGAGGAGCUCCGGUCGUGGAAUGGACUGAUGAACAAGAUCCUGAAGUUUUGAGGGUUUUUGCUGAAUUUUGGGCAUACUGA